CACUGAAGGAGAAAUGGAAAGUUGCAACUGAGAUGUGUUGGAUGUUGAGUGGUGCUAAAGCCCUUAGAUAAAUUAAUCCGUUCCAGCAGACUUGAUGUCCAUAACAUGGUGAUUUAUCUUCUGCCAGACCAAGUGCAUCAUGCCAUCUUGAACACUGAAGGCUAUUUCUUCAUGUUGCCGUAAAUGCACAAAGCAAAGAUGCCUCAUGCCUUUCAUGUGUUCGCUUGCAGAUGACCUUGACUUAGAGGAAUUCCAGUUAGCUAUUGAAGAGUCCAAACUACAAACCAGCAUACAGUGUACCCCUAUCCCAGGUCCAUUUAAACCAUGUGAUAACCUGUUUGACAGUUGGGUGGUACGGCUUGGCAUGUGGCUCAUCUCUUUGGUCUCACUGAUGGGAAACAGCCUUCUCCUCUUGACUGUCUUUGCAUCCCCCAGCUAUCUCUCCCCAGUUAAGUUCAUCAUCGGCACCAUCAGUGGCGCCAACCUGCUUACGGGCCUGUGUACCGGCACCUUGGCAUUGGUUGAUGCCCGGACAUUUGGAGAGUUCGCCCUGCACGGAGCUCAAUGGGAAAUGGGUGCAGGUUGCCAAACAACAGGCUUUCUUUCAAUUCUAGCCUCAGAGGGCUCCAUACUCUUCCUGACUUUGGCUGCAGUGCAGUGCAGCGUGUCCGUGUCGUGUGCUCGCGCCUACGGAAAGUCGCCCUCCCUGGGAAGCGUGCGAGCUGCCUCAGUGGCGUGCUUGGCACUUUCGUUGGCAGUCGCCGCUUUGCCGCUGAUUGGGGUCGGGGAGUACGGGGCCACUCCACUCUGCACGCCAUCACCCCUGCCGGAUGGCGAACCUUCCACGCUGGGUUUUAUGGUUGCUCUGAUAAUGAUGAACUCCCUGUGUUUCUUGGUGAUCACCGGGACUUACAUCAAACUAUACUGGGACCUGAUGAAGGGUGACUUCGACAGCAUUUGGGAUUGUGCCAUGAUCAAGCAUGUGGCUUGGCUCAUCUUUACCAACUGCCUGCUCUACUGCCCCGUAGCCUUCCUCACCUUCUCCUCCCUUCUGGGACUCUUUCCUGUGAGUGAGGAGGUUGUCAAAUCAGUCGUCCUGAUUCUUCUGCCUCUUCCUGCAAGCAUCAACCCCUUGCUCUACCUCCUCUUCAAUCCACACUUCCGCGAAGAUGCACGUCUCCUUUUUAGCAGAGCUCACCACCAUCAUGACUGCAACCUGGAUUCCUUCAUCUCAGUUGACACAGAGAAAAGCUCAUAUGACUCCACUCAAGCCCUGGUGUCCAUUGCUGCUGAAGCAGAUGCAGUGUUCGAGAGUUCAUCAGCACCAAACCCAGAGACAGUCACCCGGUUUUCCAGCCCACCCUCAGUGCCUCUCAUCCCAUGCCAGAUGCAGAUGAAACCCUCAACAAAGAGGGAGAGCGUUGGAGAGAACCUAGUCAGGUCAACACCAGGACUCCUCGCCAAAGAGCAGGAGCAUUUUAGGAGCAGUGGACUGGAAACUCAUAAUGGCACCUUCUUUUCUGGAGUCUACCACUCCCCACUUCUCUCAGCUCAUUCUUAAGUCUUCUCCUAAACUCUAAAGUUUUCAAGGACUCUAUGAGUGUGAGAAGUCGCGAGCCCACAUAUGAACUGACCCCAAAAUCUUCAGAGCUUACGAACAAUGAAUUUUAAUGUGGGACUAUAUACAACUGUAUUGUCCCAACUGCUACAUGGCAUAUAAAAAAGAAAAAAAGAAAAGCCUACUCACAUUUUGUGACACAAUCUUGUGGGCCAUUCUGUAAUUUAAUCUUAAAUGUUCAAAAACAAAUAUGCAUUUAUUUUUUGUAACUUUUUAACUUGUUUGUGUAAUUAGGCUUAAAGGAAUGUUCCAGGUUCAGUAUCAUCACCAUCCAGGGAAUACUGAGGAUUUUCAUAUAAAAAUAUUUAUUAUUUCCCAUUCAACUCCCUUCAUAAAAACAAGCGAAAAAUUGCAUAAAAUAAUGCACAAACAAUAGAAGUCUAUGGGGCAAAAGUACUGCACCGGCAUAAACAUUUAAAUUCACACUGUAUCUAUAAAACAGUUUUACAUAAUUACAAAUCCAACAACAGAAAUAAUUUUGGUAAUACAUAACCAGAAAUUAAUCUUAUGGAAGCUUAUUUCUGCCACCAAAUAAAAAAUAAAGGUAAUUGUGACUUUUUAUAUCACAAGUCUGACUUUUUUUUUCUCUCAAUAAGCGAGAUAUAAACUCAAAUUGCGUG